AUGGCGAAAAGACCCCGGACCUCCUCUGCAAACACCCCCAAGAGUCGUCAGCCCAAUUCUGCCGCUCCUACUCAGCCACCAAAGUCCCGGAAAGGCUGUGAAGUCAGUGAGCCAUCGGAUGACGAGGAAGGUGAGGAAAUAGUGACGAACUUGACCUCUCCAAGUGCAGUGCACAGUGAGAACGUAGUACCGAGUUCUUUUUCAGUCACCCUAACCGAUCCGGAAGUUUUAGAUUGUCCCAUUUGCAUGGAACCUUUAAGCCCUCCAGUCUAUCAGUGCGAGAACGGGCACGUGUCGUGCGGGACAUGUUGCCUCGGAGCGCGUAACAACUGCGGCAGCUGCGGCUGCCCCAUUGGCACCAAGAGAAACCGAGCUCUGGAGAGGGUUCUCGAUUCCAUGCGUGUCCCGUGCCCUAAUGCCUUGUACGGGUGCACGCAGUUCUCCAGCUUCAGCAACAAGCUCCAACAUGAAAAAACGUGCCGACACUCUCCUUGCUCUUGCCCUUACCCCAAUUGCUCCUACACCGGCCUCCCCUCCUCAGUCUACUCCCAUUUUGCUGCCACCCACUCUGCCUCCUCUCAGGAUUUCAUCUUCAACUAUGAGAUUCCUGUUUCUUUGGAAACCGAUCAGAGGCACGUUUUCUUACAAGAGGUAACAGAGGACACGCUUUUUGUCCUCAGCCGCAAGGCCAACCGCCUCGGGAGCACGGUUGCUGUGGAGUGCAUUGGGCCCAUCUCUUCCGAGAGGAAAUUUGUGUACGAGGUUGUGGCGGCGGACGGUCUGGGUUUUGUGAAGCUGAGGGCUGUGGCUGAGACGAGAGCGGUUUGGCUCGGGGGGCAGCAGCCUGGCGACAAGUAUCUUGUCGUGCCCAAUGAAUUUGUGGGUGCUGAUGGGAAGCUGAAUCUGGAGGUUAUUAUUAAGAGAGAUCGGGGACUGAGGUCCGCCAGGGCACGCAAGUAG